CAUCUAAAAUUCAGUUUCACUUUUACUGACGGAAGCGUGGCACCGGGCUGUCAAUCAUCCAUAACAUCUCAUGAGACAUAUCUUGAGGUUGAUUUGGCCACGACCACUAAUUCUUCACCUAAAACAGACCAUUCAUUGUUGUAGCUUACUAUCUGUAAAUCGGAGACCUAUAUCUCAAAAAUUUGAGAAACAGACAGGAACAAUGGACCACGAGAUAGAGGAAAUGCUGGCACCACUGAGGGUUGCUGUAAAAGAACAGGGAGAUAUAGUGAAGAAGCUAAAAGAAGAAAAGGCUCCUGACAUAGAUAUACAGAAGGCUGUGUCUGAGUUAAAGCACAGGAAGAAGACACUAGAAGACAAGGAACUUGACCUUGGGGCCAAAGAUAAUAUAGAUCGAGGAAAAAUGGAAGAUUUACUGAAGCAGAAAUUCUUUUUUGAUCAGUCAUUUUCAAUUUAUGGAGGUGUGAAUGGCCUGUAUGACUUUGGCCCCAUGGGGUGUGCAGUCAAAGCUAACCUCCUCCAAGCUUGGAGGAACUUCUUUAUCUUGGAGGAACAGAUGCUGGAGGUGGACUGCUCCAUGCUGACCCCAGAGCCAGUCUUAGUAGCCUCCGGCCACGUAGAGAGGUUCCAGGACACCAUGGUAAAAGAUCUGAAGACAGGAGACUGUUACAGAGCAGACCAUCUGAUUGAAGCCACAUUUGAAAAGAUGUUAGCAGAUAAAAAAGUGGAUGCAGAAAAGAAGACAGAAAUUAAGAAGCUGAUGCCACUGAUUGAUGGAAUGUCAAUGGAGGAUAUGGGAAAAACCAUUGCACAGUACAACAUGAAGGCCCCCCUCACAAAUAAUGACCUGUCAGAUCCAAUGGAAUUUAAUUUAAUGUUUUCCACUGCCAUUGGACCCACUGGGCACAUAAAAGGGUACCUCCGUCCAGAGACAGCUCAGGGUAUUUUCGUUAAUUUCAAGAGACUUCUGAAUUUUAACCAGGGCAAGCUCCCUUUUGCUGCGGCUCAGAUCGGUAACGCCUUCAGAAAUGAAAUUUCACCUAGAUCUGGACUAUUAAGAGUCAGGGAGUUCACAAUGGCUGAAAUAGAACAUUUCUGUGAUCCUGUUCUGAAAGACCACCCAAAGUUCCAUACAGUGGCGGAUCUAGAUGUGGUGUUAUACUCUGCAUGUAAUCAGAUGGAUGGUAAAUCCCCUCAGGUGUGGAAACUGGGGGAGGCCGUGAAACAGAAACUGAUAGCCAAUGAAACACUCGGUUAUUUUAUGGGGAGGAUCCAAUUAUUUAUGCUGAGGUGUGGCAUUGACAAGAAAAAGCUGAGAUUCCGACAACACAUGUCUAAUGAGAUGGCUCAUUACGCGUGUGAUUGCUGGGACGCGGAGUGCAAAACUACUUAUGGCUGGGUGGAGUGUGUGGGAUGUGCAGACAGAUCCUGUUAUGACUUGAACCAGCAUACAAAGGCCACAGGAACCAGAUUAGUGGCAGAAAAAAGGCUUCAAACACCCAAAGAUGUGGAUGUUGUGGAAUGUACGUCUAAUAAAGGAACUCUGGGUAAAGUUUUCAAGAAAGAUGCAAAAGUAAUCGGAGAGUAUCUUGCUGGACUAACUUCUGCGGACUGUGAUAAAAUAGAGAAUGACUUUUCCAGCAAUGGUGAAUCUCAGAUAACAGUUGGUGAACAAACCUUUACACUUAAACCAGACAUGAUAGCGGUCAAACGAUACAAGAAAAAAGUACAUGUUGAAGAAUUGGUGCCCUCAGUUAUAGAACCCUCGUUUGGGAUUGGUCGUGUCAUGUACGCCAUGUUUGAACACAACUUUAAAAUACGAGAUGGUGAUGAACAGAGAUCGUAUUUUUCACUUCCUGCCAUUAUUGCUCCCUAUAAAUGCUCUGUCCUGCCCCUCAGUAACAAGGAUAGCUUCAUACCGUUUGUCAGAGAGCUCUCCAAGGCCUUGACUCUGAAUGACAUCUCUCACCGCGUAGACGACAGCAGUGGCUCCAUAGGAAAACGAUAUGCCAGGACAGAUGCCAUUGCUAUACCAUAUGGUGUGACCAUAGAUUUUGACACAUUGAAUGCCCCCCACACAGCCACACUACGAGAAAGGGACUCCAUGAAACAGAUCCGAGCACCAUUGGAGGAAAUCCCCUUGAUCGUGAAGGCCCUGUCCACAGCGGUCAGGACGUGGGAGGAUGUCCUAAAUAACUACCCCAUAUUUGAACAACAGGAAGCAACAAAAGAGAAAUGAGGACAAUUUUUAUUAGCUAUUUAUAUUAUUUUGUUUCAAAAUUAUUUUCUAUGUUAGUAGCCAUUGAUAUCUUGCUAAAACAGCCUUUCCUGACAGAUAGUAAUGGAAUGAAAGAUUCAGAUAUUAAAUCCAGACAAGGGAGAAAACCUGUUUAUUGACAGAAAAUGAAGAAGUGAAAAUUUCUUUGUGAUUAUGUUAUAGCUUGUAAUACCACAAAGCACAUUUGAAAGUUAUGAUGAUUAUUAGUCAAGUCAGUGCAUGGCUAAUUCUUCACAGUGUACAUUUUGAAAAUUUUAAAGGUCUGGGUUACUUUGUGAAUUUUCAAGAUCUUCAAAUUUUCACUAACUUGAAGAAAUUUAACUAGGUGUAAUAUCUAGGUAAUAUUUUAGAAAGCUAAAGGUAAAAUAUUCAGGUGAAUAUCAAUGUAUGGUCUUUGAUCUAUCUCUGAAUUUCAAUACACUCUCAAUUUAUGAUUAAAAGAAUAAUACUAAUGAAGUAAUAAAACUGGUGAAAAAUAA